AUGAACAACGUGGACAUCGGAAAUCAGUACAAGAAGAUCAUCCAGUUCUUCUGGGACCCAGAACCGAAGAACGAUGAUAGCCCCGAGCUGCCGAUCUGGUGUCUGGGAUGUGAAUAUGAGAAGACAGAGCCGCCAUCACAGGCUUCUACGCAGAUACUAGGAGAAGAGCAGCCACAGCAACCCGCGUCGUCCACACGGAGUUAUGAUACUACUACUGCACAGGAACAGCCUCGGAAGUCCAGCGAUAGGCGGACAUCGACAGACGACCGCCCGCCGACUCCCAGCUCAGCCAUAUCCUCCUUCGUCCAGCUCCCCAACCCGGCACCGGCAGCAGCGGAAGCAAACACGCAUGCCUGGCCGUCAGCCUUCCUAGACGACUUUGAGUCCAGGAUAUGGAUAACGUAUCGAUCACAGUUCCCACCGAUACCCAAGUCCGGCGGGAGCGGUAGCUCGUCGAUCCCACUGGGCGUACGACUACGCAGUCAGCUCAUCGACACUCAAGGCUUCACGUCGGAUACCGGGUGGGGAUGCAUGAUCAGGUCUGGCCAGAGUCUGCUCGCUAACACGUUGAUAUUCCUCCGGUUGGGACGAGAAUGGCGACGGGGCAAGCAGGUACAAGAGGAAAGCGACCUGCUCUCUCUCUUCGCCGACCAUCCACGAGCACCCUUCUCGAUCCACCGGUUUGUACAACACGGGGCUACGGCAUGUGGCAAGUGUCCCGGCGAGUGGUUCGGGCCAUCUGCGGCAGCGCGGUGCAUACAGGCACUGGCGAGCAGCUACUCGCCGGCGGGACUGAACGUGUACAUCACCAGUGACGGAUCUGAUAUAUAUGAGCGGCAGUUCCGAGAGAUCGCGUGCGGUGACAGCGAUAAGAUACAGCCGACGUUGAUACUGCUCGGGGUGAGACUGGGGAUAGACCGAGUGACGCCUGUGUACUGGGAGUCACUGAAGGAGGUCAUCCGGUAUCCGCAGUCUGUCGGCAUAGCAGGCGGCCGACCGUCGUCCUCGCACUACUUCAUCGCGACCCAGGGCGACACAUUCUUCUACCUGGACCCCCACCAGACGCGCCCCAGUCUGCAGCCACGGACGGAGGAAGGAGACGUGUACAGUCCCUGUGAGCUGGAGACGUACCACACGCGGCGCCUAAGGAGACUGCACAUCCGCGAGAUGGAUCCGAGCAUGCUCAUCGGCUUUCUGGUGCGUGACGAGGCGGACUGGGACGACCUGAAGACGCGGAUAAGGUCUACUGUCGGCAAGGGAGCGGUCAUCCACGUUUUUGACGAGGAAAGCAGCGUAGAGGACGUGGGCGGCGAGCGAGCCGGUGCCGAAGAGGAAGUCGAGUCUUUCGACGAGUUCUAA